CUUACGAGAAGUUUAUCAGUACUAGUUAUACUCUGAAAUUGGUACUUAAUUACUAAACUACAAGUUUCUCUCAUUUAAAAGAGAUUUUUGCUAAGCUAAUGUGUUUAAUUACAGUUCUAUGUUUGUGUUUUCUAGAAAAUUGAAAAUGGCAAACAACAUGACAACUAAUGAUGGAGUGAGUUAUAAUAUACAUUAUAUUUGUGAGGAUAACGUUCCAAUUUUUACCGGACUUUCUUCAUCUUGAUCUUCAUCCUCAGUGUCAUAGGCAACAGCCUCCUCCUAUGUGUUCUUUUCAUCUACGAGGGUUUUUACGAGUUUUUUUUUUUUUUUUUUUUUAAUGUAGUUUUUGUUUGGGCGUUAUCUUGGACUUAGUGUGCAACAGAAAGAGGAACUGUUGGUUUGCUUAAGAUCAUCACAGCUUUUCCUGAACAGUACAAUUCAACAGAACACUUGACGGUGGAUACAAGAGAAAAUUGACAAUGGCAGACAACAUGACAAGCCAUAAAGGCCAUUAUCUUUGUGACACUAACUUUCCAACUUUUACCGGGACACUCUUCAUCUUGAUCUUCAUCCUCAGUGUCAUAGGCAACAGUCUCCUCUUAUGUGUUCUUUUCAUCUACGAGGGCCUGAAAAGUAUCACAAAUAUUUUCAUCCUGAACCUGGCCUGCUCUGAUUUGAUCUUCACCAUCACACUUCCAUUCUGGGCUGUUGGUCACCUACACCACUGGGUCUUUGGUGACUUUGUCUGCAAAUUCGUGACUGCUGCAUUCUUUGUUGGUUUGUACAGCAGUGUCAUUUUACUGACUGCCAUGACAGUUGCCCGUUUCAUUAGUGUGGUGCUGCCAACCUGGAAAAGUAACCGUGCUAGAAGAAAGAAGUGUGCAAUCGGUGCCUGUGUAGCUGCCUGGGUCAUCAGCAUCUCAGCAUCCCUGAGUGAUGCUGUGAAAGUACAGGUUGAACACUGGGAUAAUAAAAACUAUUGCUACAAUAAAUCUGAUGAAAACCUUGGACGUUAUCUCCAAGUGUCACUGCUAUUCUUCCUCCCAUUUGCCAUCAUUAUUUUCUGCUAUUCUGCCAUCCUCAAGACGGUUUUGCAAGGUUUAAAUAGAAAUAAGCAAAAGACUGUAGCUGUGCUGUUGUGUAUUGUUGCAGCCUUUUUCAUUUGCUGGGGGCCAUACCAUAUUAUGCUUUUAAUCAAGUCUGUCAAUACAAACAAAGAUUGUGAUGUACUGAAACGGUUAGCAGUUGCCUACCAUAUUUGUGAAAUGCUUGCCUAUUUUCACUGCUGUAUGAACCCACUGCUAUAUAUGCUCUCAAAGAAGGUGCGAAAGCAUCUGUUGAAUCUUAUGCACUGUGAAAAUGUGCGCAGGAAGAACAGAGAGAGAGACACCAGGCAGGAUGUGGCUUUCACUGCCCAGAGAUCUCCUGACAGUCCACAUAGUCAGUUGUUAAAUUAAGCAUUGAUUCAGUUUGUAAAUGUAAAAGUAGAGACUCUAUUUCUUUACUUUUACACAUGCACAUAUUUAUAUGUAUGUGUGUGUGUGUGUGUGUGUGUGUGUGUAUAUAUAUAUAUAUAUAUAUAUAUAUAUAUAUAUGGUAAAUGGCCUGUAUUUGUAUAGCGCUUUACUUAGUCCCUAAGGACCCCAAAGCGUGUCUUUAUGAUUGGUUUUAUUCUGAUUUUAGUGUUUGCUUGUAAGUGUAGUUUUGAUUUUAUUUGCAUGAUUUUAUUCUGAUAUUUGUAUUGCCUUUUUCUAGUUGUUUGUUUAUAUAACGUCAUUAUAAUGCACUGUGGACUGGCUGGACAUGGGACCUGUCCAGCCCUGAGGUGGCCUAUCAGCUAGUGAAAUGACCUAAAGCUGACUGAGCACUGAAAGAGGGCCCACGUAUGAAGAGAAAGGAGUGUGUAGGAAACAGGCAUGGGAGAGAAGGACAUGCUGCCUGAUCACCAAGUGAAAACGGCUUGUGAAAGGACGGGCAGAGCGGCGCGACGCGGCGUCCCAUUUUCCGGCGACAGAUACGGCGUCCAGUGGGGUAAAAACCGCAUGUGAUCAACAGCAGGGCAGAGGUGAACCUCUGUGAUUAACCUGCAGGAUUAACCUGAGUGUCCCAGUCCUGGACAAGUUUUUUAAUAUUGAGGACAUGAGGCCUGAUUGUCGCCUUAGCAGGGAGUCUACUGAGUCUACUUAACCAGGAUCGGAGACAUGGUUGAGGUGCCACAAUUGAGGUCUUUUUGUUUCUUUUGUGGCUGGCAAGUGAAGCACCCUACAGAGUUGUUUCCAGAGUUUUUGCAAUACCUCGUUCCACUGUUUACCGCAUUAUCCACAGGGUCACAGAGGUGGUAGCCCUUCGCCAUCAGGUCAUCCACCUCCCUCCGACCCCUGAAGAUCUAGAAGCCGUGUCUCAUGGGUUUGCAGGGCUGGCAAGACACGGAGCCUUUUUGAAAGCUGCUGGUGCAAUUGACUGCUGCCAUGGUCGCAUCAAGCCUCCCAGCGGCCCUGACGGUCAGUGCUACAGUAACAGGAAAUUGUUCCCCUCCAUAAUCCUGCAGGCAGUUUGUGACCAUCAGGGCUGCUUCAUACAUAUGAGGGCUGGGCGGGGUUAGUGCAGGACUCCAGGGUGCUCUGCAACAGCCCACUGUACCGGCAGGCCAUUUACCCUCCUCCAGGGUAUUUUGUCCUAGCAGAUGGAGGGCACCCAUGUCUCCAAGAUUCACUGCCCCUCAUCACUCCCUACAAGAGGCCAAUCCAAGGUGUGGGAGCCCAGUGCUUCAACUCAUCAUUCCAGGGCAUGCUCUAUUAGAGUGUGCUUUUGGAAUGACAAAGACGAGGUUCUGUGCCAUUUUCCUCUAAGCGCUGGAGGUACACCACACCCUUGUACCACAUGUAAGGCAUUAGAAUACAUUGUUAUUGUUUUUGGAAGAAUCAUAAUGACAUAUUGGGAACUUUAGUGUAUGUGCAUGUGUAAACACUUUAUGUCCAGAACCAAAAAUCUGUUUCAGGUCAUAACAGCAUGUGCUGUCCUGCAUAAUAUCUGCCUCGGUGCUGGUGACAUUGUGGCCCCGGACGAUGAGCCGGAGCAUGAUGUGCAAGAUGAGUGGGUGUGGGUGCUGAGGUGUCUUCCCUGGAUGAGGUACCCACAAUUGUUGUGAACAGACAAGUAUUCUUUAAUAGUGCAUUUAAGUGCUAGAAUGUUAUGUGUCAUGUCUUUAUUAACAGGAUUGUUUGCACUACUUUCGUCUUGCAUCGUUGUGAGUACAUUUUAGUGACAUGGCAGCCGUCUUUUCCAUCAGCCCUGUAAACGCAAGUGAUAAGAUGAUGCAGUGGACAGUGGAAUCGAGCAUCCCUGAACACCUUCUGGUGACCACCCUGUAUGAUGCUCCACUCAGUAGCUGGCACCUCCUUCAUCUCUUUGGAUUCAGCAGCACCGGCUGAGACUUCCUGCUCAGCCAAAAAUCGGGCCUGCUUAAAAGUGCCUGUGCAUACUGGGACAGUCGGGUUAAUCCUGGACUUUAAUGAUAAGUUGAUUACUGUUAAAGGAUUUUUUAUAUGUAUUUUGCUCUAUUGUAGUUAAAAAUCUCUAGUUGUUUAGCUUCAUUUAAAACUCCUGCAUACAUUGUGUUUUGACAAAAGCUUGCAUGAGGAAACUGCCACAGGAAACCUCACCCUUGCUGAGUUUGCUGAGAUAAGCUUGACCAGUUCCUGUUGUGACAGUUUGAACAUAUAUGUUUUAUGCUUAUCACCUUGGAAGGAGUUGUUUUGUACUCACAAGGGGUGGCGCCCUGAAAUGUGCUACGUAAGAGCUGUCUAUAAAUAAAGAGAGAACCGAUGUCUCGGCGCGUGUCUCUGUGGAGACAUUGCCCAUGUAGAUCUA